AUGUCCGAUAGUUUAGUGGCGGGAUUGAGUUCCUCAAGUGUGUCGUCUCCAUUGACAUUGACCAAUUCGUACUUGCCAACCAAGUAUGAGUUAACGCUUGAUAUUGAUUACCAAAAACCCAAUUUUAAAGGAUCUUUGGAUAUUGAUUUAGAAAAAUCAAAUGAUUCAGACAAAUUCGAGUUGACCUUGCAUUCAAACAAACUUGUUAUUACCCGGGCUUCGGUAGAUGGGAUUUCCUUGAAGAUUUCGUAUAAUAGAAGUCAGCAACAAGUUACCUUUAGUAGUGAAGAACCCAUUGAAAUGACGUUCAAUAAAAAAAUUCAAUUAGAAUAUAUGGGUCAAAUUAACACUAUUAAAACUUAUCAGGAUAAAACUUACGGUUUUUUCAAAACUAACUAUAGUGAUUCGAUUACUGGGAACGCAAAUAACUUUAUUCUUGCCACUCAUUGUCAACCAACUGGUUGUAGAUUAAUUUUCCCCUGUAUUGAUGAAUUAUAUUGCAAAUGUCCAAUCAAAUUGAAUAUCGUUACAUUAUCUAAAUUCAAGGUCAUUUCAAAUGAAAUAUUAGAUAAAGAAGAAAUCAUCUCUUUGAGUGAUAAAUCAAAAUUCAUCUUUAAAGAAACUCCAAAGAUAUCAACUUCAAUUUUCGGUUUUGUUAUUGGAGAUUUAGACUUUAUUGAAUCCAAUAAUAUUAAAGUUUUCACUACCAAAGGAGAUUCCCAUCUAGGUCAGUACACUUUGGACACUAUUGCUAAAUUAUUACCAAUAAUGAAUCAAGUAUUUGGAAUUGAAUAUCCCUUGUCAAAACUUGACUUUAUCGGUUUACCGUUUUUAAGCGAUAUGGCAAUGGAAAAUUGGGGGAUGGUGAAUAUUAUAUCCCAACAGUUAUUGGUGGAUCCGAACACUGCCAAUCAAGAUGUCAAACGUCAAUUAAGACAAUUGAUUGCUCAUGAAAUGAUUCAUCAAUGGAUUGGGAAUUGGAUCACUUUCGAUGAUUGGAAAUGGUUAUGGUUAAAUGAGUCAUUUGCUACUUUCUUGGGAGAUUAUUUUCUCUAUUUAGCUAAUAUCGAUGAAGAUGAUUCAAAAUAUUUUGAAUUAAAUCAAAUCGAAUUCAUUGAAAAAUUAAUGGAUGAUGAUUGUUUUAUUAAUGAAAAUGGUGAUUCAAUUAAAAACUUGAAUAAAUAUAUGAAUGAAUUAGAUAUCAAUUUGAAUAGUUCAACUAAUUCAAUCUUUGAUAAAAACUCUUAUGAAAAGGGAAUGAUCUUAUUAAGAAUGAUUGCUAGUAUUAUUCAAUACGAUGAUCCUACAAAUAAUAAUCAUUUAAAUUAUAAUAAAUUCAUUCAAGAAAUUGGGAAAUUCAUUACUCAAAAUAAAGAAGGCGUCUUCAAACCUUUUGAUUUAUGGAAUUCAAUUAAUGAUUCAGUAAGUAUUGACUUACCCUCUUUCAUCCAUUCUUGGAUUAAUUAUGCUGGUUAUCCGAUUUUAAAUGUUAAAUCCGUGGAUAAAUCAGUCGAAAUUGAACAACAUCGUUUCAUCUAUGGAUCAUCCCCAACCAUUUUGAAUUUAGAAGAUCAACCAUUUCAUUUACCAUUAUUCAUCAAAUACGAAAAUGAAAAGAAAGAAAUUAAAAUCUUAAAUGUUUUAUUAACCGAUCGUAAAACAACCAUUGAUAUUCCCAUUAAUCAAAUUCUUACUUUCAAUCAUAAUAAAUUAGGUUAUUAUAAAACAAUCUAUGAUGACUCUUUCCAUCCGGAUUUAUCUAAGUUAAAUGAUCAAGAAAUCAUUUCUUUAAUUAACGAUUAUGGUAAAGUUUUAGGUCAAUCCAAUAUCAGUAAUCAUCAAGAAUUAAUUAAAUUAAUCCAAAUUUUGGAAAACCUAUUACAACUUCCAAUUUCAUUCCCAGUUUGGAAAGUUUCCUUAAACUACUUGGAAAUCAUUAAUCAUAUUUUCAUUCAUUUCACUGAUUAUACCAAAUUUGAAAAAUGGUUACUUGAAUAUAUCGAUAAAGUUUAUGAAAAAUUUGGUGAUUGGGAUCAAAUCGUUGAAAUGAAUAAAACUGAUUAUAAUUCAAUCGAAUUUGAUGUCCGUAAUCAAAUUUUACAAAUUGGUUAUACUUCACCUAAAUUUCAAAAAUUUGCAAUUAAAAUUUAUAAAAACUUCACCAAUGGUAAAAAAUUUAUUCCAAAAGAAUUAUUACUGUCAGUUUUCAACUUAACAAUUUGUUGUAGCGGUCAAAAAGAAUAUAAACAAAUUUUAAGUUUAGUUAAAAAUUCAAAUGUUUCAAAUCUAAAAGUCACUAAUUCAAGUAUUGAAAAUUUACAAACAAUUGCUAUAUCGUCGUUAAGUUUUACUUCGAAUAAAGAUUUAUUAACUAAAUCGAUGAAUUUUGUCAUGACUAAUAUUGAUUCUAAAUUAAUCGAAUUAUGUUUAGUUGGUUUUAAAUAUAAACAUAAUCAAAAUGAUAAAUUACUUUUAUGGAAUUGGUAUAAAGUCAAUUAUGAUCAAUUCAUUUUGAAAUCAUUACGUAAAGGUAGUGAUUGGGCAAAACAAAUUGGUAUUACCAUGUCUAAUAUUUCUAAAUUAGUCUUGGGUGAAAUUAUGCAAUUUGAUCAAGACGUGAUUGAAAAAUUUGUUAACGAAAAAACCUCUUCUUUACCAAAUCACAACCUAAAUGAAAUCAUGCAAGAAGUUAAUAUGGUAAAUGAAGAAAAAUACGAAAUUGCUAAGCAUUAUGAUCAAUUAGUUAAAUAUUUAAAUUAA